AUGAAGGUUAUGAUUAAGCGUGGAAGGCCGAAAUUACAAAUAAAAAAAAGGUAACAUAAAUAUGUAAAUCAUUUUUAUAUGUAAAAUGAUCAUGAUUGUGUUAAGCUUUUUAAAUUAUUUACUAUCCAAGGCAGUUAUAAAGUUAGAAUUUUAACAGGAAAAAAAAAUUAAGGAAUGCCUCAUGCUAAACAAAAAAAUGAAGUUAAGAAAGCUGAAGAAUCAAAUUAUCCUUAAUACUUUUUUUUAGCCACAGAAAAGAAGAUAUUUUCAAUAGAAAAUGAACAAAUAGUAGAUUAUAAUUACUACAUGAGUAUUGAUCCGAAUUAAUUCUAACCCAAAUUUGAACUUCUGAUUUAGAAGCUGAAUGUUGUAUUAAUAGAAUUAGACAAAAAUUUUAUAUGGCUCCUAUUAGAUAUAUUAAUAUUAUAUACAGAGUUAUUUGAUUCAAAUUAAGAUGAAAAUGUAUUAGUUGAAUCAAUUAUUCAAAACUUAAAAUACGGAGAAUAUUCUAACGAUUUCUAAUAUUUAUUGAAUUGGUAAACUUUAAGAAAUAAAACCAAAGAAGCUAGGUAUAAUGUUGGUUUAGAAGAAAUAAAAUAAGUGGAAAACCUUAUAAAUAAGAGGAAAUCAAGAAAAGUGAUCGAAAAACUAGAAAAAUUUAUCAAAAAGCAAUAUAAUCAAUUCAAAGAAGUUAUGGAUAUGGAACCUAUUAACUAUCUUCUACUAAAGUUAGUCAAGAGAUUUAAUAAAAUAAUGAAAGUCAGUUGA